CAGAAGAGCAAAGAGAAAAAUCUGCUGAAUGAAGAGGUUCCUGGGUCGGGCUGGAGCCACUUCCUCUUGUGAGGCCUACACUGUGCGUGCGUCCUAAGGACGGCCAGCGUCCACUCUGUUCUUUGUUGUUGCUGUUAAUGUCUCUCUCUCUCUCUCUCUCUCUCUCACUCUGUUGCAGUGCUGGGGAUGGAACCCAGGGCCUUGUGCUGUUGUUAAUUUGACAAACAUGCAGCUAGCGUGUUCAGGUUGAGCAUCCCUAAUUGGGAAAUGUAAAAUCUGAAAUGCUCCAAAGUCUGAAACUUGUGGCAUACGAAUGGGACACCACGGGAGGAAAGUUCCACACCUGACCUCAUGGGAAGAGUUGCCAUCAAAAUACAGAUGCAUUGAAAAUACUCCAUAAAAAUUAACUUCAGGCUCAGCUGGACAUGUGGUGUACACCUGCAAUCCCAGGCCGUCCUGUAAUUUUGGUAUGUGCGUCACGGGAAGACAGGACAAACAGCCUGGGGUGGAAGGGGCCACUCCUGUUUUUCCUGGUUAAGGUUCGCUGGGGCCAGCGCCUGGAGAAUCCAACAGCAACCUGGCACGCAGGGCCAAUCGGUGGCCUGCAGCGGUGUUUGGGCCACCUGGGAACCUCCUGGCAGAGAAGGUGUCUGGACCCAGAUGGAGAACGAUUCUCUCAGCUACCCCUUGGAGUACGGGGACUACAGUGACCUUCUGGAUGUCCCCGUGGACUGCCCGGAUGGCUCCUGCGUCGCCACCGACACCCUCCGCGUGGCCCCUCUGCUGCUGUAUGCCGCAGUCUUCCUGGUGGGGGUGCCGGGCAACGUCAUGGUGGCCUGGGUGGCCGGGAAGGAGGCCGGCCGGCGGGCGGGGGCCACCUGGCUCCUCCACCUGGCCGUGGCCGAUCUGCUGUGCUGCCUGUCCCUCCCCAUCCUGGCGGUGCCCAUCGCCCGCGAAGGCCACUGGCCCUACGGCGCGGCCGGCUGCCGGCUGCUGCCCUCGGCCAUCCUGCUGUCCAUGUACGCCAGCGUGCUGCUCCUGGCCGCGCUCAGCGCCGACCUCUGCCUGCGGGCCCUCGGGCUCCCGGGGUGGGCUGCGGUGCGGCGGCCGCGUGCCGUGCGGGCGGCUCAGGGCGCAGCCUGGACCCUGGCCUUGCUGCUGACGGUGCCCUCGGCGCUGCACCGCCGCCUGCACCAGGAGCACUUCCCGGCCCGGCUGCUGUGCGUGGUGGACUACGGGGGCUCCGCCGCGGCCGAGUACACCGUGACGGCCCUUCGGUUUACUUUUGGCUUCCUGGGGCCGCUGGUCUUCGUGGUCGGCUGCCACGGCGUCCUCCUGUGCCGGGUGACCCGACGACACUGGCCUCUGGGCGUGGCCGUCGUGGUGGGGUUUUUCAUCUGCUGGGCCCCCUACCACCUCCUGGGGCUGGUGCUCACCGUGGCUGCCCCCAACUCCGCGCUCCUGGCCCGGGCCCUGCGGGCUGAACCCCUGGUCGUGGGCCUGGCCCUUGCUCAUAGCUGCCUCAAUCCUAUGUUCUUCCUGUAUUUUGGGCGGGCUCAACUGCGUAGGUCACUGCCAGCUGCCUGUCACUUUGCCCUGAGGUCGUCCCAGGAUGAAGAGGAAAAUGUGGUAAGCAAGGUAUUCACCAGUCAUGACCUGGUGUCAGAGAUGGAGGUGUAGGCAAGAGGGACACUGUCUUUUAAUCUCCUAGUCCAUUUCGCAAACAGCAUCAGGCAUGGCUGGAUCCAGGGGCUCAUUUUAUCCAUUCAUUCAAAGAACAUUCAUUAUCCACUUGCUGUAUGCAAGGCACUGAUAUAGGCACGGGGGCAUAGUAGUGACCAGAAGAGACAUAAAUCCUGCACUCAGACAGCUGACAUUAUGGGGGAAGAAGACAGACCAUAAACCAACAAAUAAAUGAAUAUGGAACAUGUGAAGGAUGAUCUGUGCUAAGAAAUCUAAAGAAGACAAAGAGGGCUGGGUGGGACAGUGGAGAUCAGUCAAGAAGGGUCCCUCAGGGAAGGUGAAAUGGGAGCCAAAACCUGAACAAGGGAGAGCAUAAUUGAGAGAAAAAAAUUGUUCCAAGCAGAGGGACCAGCCAAGCAGUAAGUGCAAAGGCCCUGAGGUCACCUGGGGGUGUAGCUCAUGGUAGAGCACUGGCCUAGUAAGUCCCAUGAAAUAUUUUGGACAUACUUAUACUCAAAAAAUUAUUUGUUGUUUAUCUAAAAUUUGAAGGCAGAGCAUUCAAUAUUUCUUUUCCAAGUUCCUUACUGUGAGCAUCUUGAUUUGACUUAGAUUUUAAUAAAACCCCUCUCUGGUUGCUGGUGGAGAUGGCUAUGGGAAGCAAGGAGUGAGGAACCCAGUGAGGAGGCUACUGCAAUAGUCCAAGCAAAAAAGACGUGGUAGUAACUUGGAUCAGGGUGGUAGAGCAGACGUACUGGGAUGCUGAUGAAUUAUGGCAUUUUGAAGAAAAGGCCAAGUCCAAGCCCCUUGGCUUGGCAUUCAAGGCUUCUCUCCACCACUUCUGCUCUAGCUUCUCAGACCCUGUAGUAGACAUACUAAUGGCUGCCGAUGUUGUGCACAUCCUAACCUCCUGACACUAGGGAACCUUACAUGGCAAAAGGGACUUGCAGAUAUAAUGAAGUUAAGGAUGGGGACAUUAUUCUGGUCUGUCCAGGUGGGCCCAAAGUCAUCACAAGGAUCCUUUAAAGAGUAAGACAGGAGAUUGGAGUCAGUAGCAGAAGAUGUGAUGACUGGAACAGAGGUUCCAGGGACAAGAGGAAGGUUCUGCAAGCCAAGGAAUGCAGGUGGCCUCCAGAAGCUGAAAAAAGGCAGGGACAGAGUCUCUCCCAAACCUCCAGAAGGAAAGCAGAACUGCCGACACCCUGACUCUAAACUUUGGACUGCCAACAUUUUAAGAGAAUAUGU